ACUGCCAGCCAGGGUUGAUCUUGUCUCCAUCUAUACUCUUACCACUUUGGAAAAAGUAAUAAUUAAUUAAUAAAGAAAGAAAGAUUCUAGUUUAAUAUUCAACUUUAAUUUUUAUAUUUUUUUUAUCUUUCAAUGAACUAAAUUCUGUUUCUCCAAAGCUUUUUGAACUUUGAGCUAUUCGUGUCUGCAAUUCAGCAUGCCCAGAGGGCCAAGUUCAUUUCCAUGUUCAAUCUCCGUCUGGGCUCUCUCUAGAACCUCAUUUCAGGGGAUAAUUAAUUUGGAAUAACUAGCGUAUGACAGACGAGGUUGCAAAGUAGAGUUUUUGGAGGGCAGUGCGGAAUAGAUAUUGUGUGCUUAGAUAUGCAAAAAUGGGCAACAAAGAACAAAUCUUGGAGUACAGGCAAAGACUUGAUAAGACACUAGCAUCUCAUGAGCUUUCUAAUGAGGAAGCUAUUAAGUGCCGUCUCAAGAAUGAACUCCUACAUUCAUCUCCUUCUGAGAAUCAAGAGUAUGUUGAGAGUGUUGUGGACAAAAAUGGGAAACACGUCUCGAGUUGUCUUGACAUGUUGAGGAGUGUGGGAGAUGAUUCAUCGAUGACAGCAACUCAUGAUCAGGGACAUGGCGAAUGGAAGUUGAAACAAGAUACUGACGAGUAUCGUGUUAUGUAUCGAGAAGGACCUCAAGGGACCCCAUUACAUUCACUACUUGUUGAAGGCUUUGUUGAUGGGCCUAUGGAUGUUUGUUUAUGUCUCGCAUGGGAAAUAGCCCUCUUUCAUAGAUGGUGGCCUCAGUUCAACUUUCCUACUUUUAAAAUCAUAGAAUCCAAAUGUGUCCAAAAGGUUCGAAUUGGUGAACAGAUUGCUUUGGUGAGGAUGAAGUGUGCCUGGCCGUUAUCAGCUAGAGAGGUUGUUGUGCACUACUUUGAAGUAGAAUUUCUGGAAGAUGAUCUUAUCAUUGUUGUUCUGAAUUCGGUGACUGAUACAGAGAGUGUUGAUAGAAGUACACAUGGGUUCACCAAUGAUGGGAUACCUGAAGUAAAGGAUAUUGUGCGAGCAGAGCUGGUAGGAGCCUUUGCUUUACAAAAGGUUACCUCAAACAGAAGUUACUUUCGCACAAUAAUGACCAUGGAUAUAAAGCUGGAUUUUGUUCCCCCAUCACUUAUUAAUUUUAUGUCAAGGCAGCUCGUAGGCAGUGGCUUUAAGCUCUAUAAAAAGGCAGUUGCAUCUGUGGCUAAAGGGGACGAGGAUUUUGGCAAGGCCUUAAAGGACACAUUGUAUGUUCGAAUACGUGAAGGUUUGAAUCACGAGAGAAGACUAAAAAUGGAUUCAGAAUCAGAUCUUACAAUGGUUGAGAAAUCUGCAGACAAGUGCCAUGAAGAACCUGGAACUGAAACUUUACCAGCCGAUACAACAGUUACAGGCAAGACUUCUCUUGGUGAUCAUCUUAUCAUUCGAAGUAAGCAGGCAGAUGUGUCCGGUUCAGGUCGGACGUCUCAAUAUGAGAUUGAGGAGGAAGAGAUUGAACAACAUACGAAGUCUGAAGAGGAUGGAAAUGGGAUUAUAUCUAUCGACCAAUCUGCAUCCCGUUUAACGGUGGAACAAAUCAGCAAUGAGAAGAAGGUGUUUAUCAGUCCAGAGGUUGAACAUGCUCUUGACAUAUUAAACAAUGUCAUUUCCAUGGUCAGGGGAAGUGGAAUUAACAUACAGACUUGGUCUGGAUUAGGCUCUUCUAAUCAAGAAGUGUUGAAUUCUAGAGUGGCACCUCAAGAUUGUACUGGGGGUGAAAUUUUUGCUGCAGCUGUCAAAACAGACAAAAAAGAUGCGGCUGUGGAUGGAGCUGAAAAUGGUUCCCGUGUUGCUUCAUUCAGGCCUCAUACACCAGAAUCAUUAGUAAAAGAAGUGUACCCGUAUCGAACGGCACCAACAACACCAGAACAACAUGUUCUUGUUUUAGAAAAAACUCAAGACGGUGUUUUGAAUUCUUCGCGGGGGCGGACGCUGGGAGAGUCGCUGCGGGCACCAGUAUUAGAAAACAUGAGUAAGGACUAUUCUGAAGUUACCGUCAAAGUGAAUGGAGACCAUGAAGCUAGUAACAUUAAUGGUAGAGAGAAAUCCAGGCAGAAGAAGCACAGGUUUUGUUGCUUCCACUCAACUGCAGAUCAGUAGAGUACAUUAAAGCCGUUUGAAUUGUUGGUAGAUUGAGAGUUUCCCACUUUCUGGUCAGUCCACACGAAAAUUUACUAAGCUGCAAGAUUUGCUUCAACAAUACCAAGGAUGCAAAAGAUGAGGAGGGGUUCUUACCCUAUAGCGUAGGAUAACUUAAAGCUAUACCAUGAAGUUAUUAACAACUUACAUAUUGAACUGUUUGAUGAAACGAAAGAUGAAAACACAAUUACGUGAUCAUGAAUGAGAAGCACAAUUUGAUGUAACCUUCCAAUUCAUGUAAAGGCAAAUUUUUACCACAUUGGGCAUUGUACUUUGCCCUAAGUUGAGCUGGUCUGGUGUGUUAUUAUUGCAGUGAAAGAUGAUUGUUGUCUCGAGUUUAUUUCGAUUGCUGAAACAUGAUUUUGUAUGUUAUGUAUGUUAAGAUAAAAGCUUUCUUUUA